AUGUUCCCGCGUCCGUACAGAACUGGGCUAGGCCUCCAUCUACAACAAAGCCGCAUUGAAACCUCUGCAGAACACGAAGAAUGGCACGGGCAAACGGCGGGAAAUCAAGGUCUUGCUCUUGAGGUGCUGAAACAUCGACAUGUGAAGGAGUUUGAUUUGCAGGUUUUGGAGGUAUCAACGGGCAGGUCGCUCGGGACACUUGUAGGCGGGUCGCUAGCGGGCAUUGAGCGGGUCUCUCGCUGGAAUGCUCUUGCAGCGAACGGGUCGCUGGGUAAGAUGCCUUGCGGGUCUCACGCGGCGAGUAUUAAGGGUCUCCAGCAGGAUGUUCGCGCGAGCGAGUGCUGCUGA